AUGGUCGCUAACAAGAGAGUUUUAAUCGCUUUAACUUCAUACCACGGUCCUUUCUACGCUGAUGGUAACAAGACUGGUGUUUUCUUAGUCGAAGCUUUACAUCCAUUCAACACCUACAAAGCUAGAGGCUACGAAGUCGAUUUCGUUUCUGAAACUGGUUCCUUCGGUUGGGACGCUCACUCUUUAACUGAAGAUUUCUUAAACGGUCAAGACAGAAAAGAUUACGAAAAUAAAGACUCCGAAUUCAACAAAGCUUUAGCUAACCUCAAGAAGCCAAGUGAAGUCAAUGCUGCUGACUACUCUAUCUUCUUCGCUUCUGCCGGUCACGGUACUCUAUUCGACUACCCAACCGCCAAAGGUUUACAAAGCAUCGCCGCUGACAUUUACGAACAAGGCGGUGUCUUAUCUGCUGUCUGUCACGGUCCAGCUAUUUUUGAUGGCUUAAAUGACAAGAAGACUGGUAAGAACGUCUUAACUGGAAAGGUCAUCACUGGUUUCACUGAUGUUGGUGAAGCUAUCAUGGGUGUCGACACCAUCAUGAAGGAAAAGAAUUUACUUUCCGUUGAAGACAUUGCCAAGAAAUACAAUGUUAAAUACUUAGCCCCAAUUGGUCCAUGGGAUGAUUUCUCCAUCACCGAUGGUAGAAUUGUUACUGGUGUUAACCCAGCUUCCGCUAGCUCUGUCGCAACCAGAUCCAUGGAUGCUGCUGAAAAAUAA